GUUUUCUCGGUCCAAACAAGAAAGAUGCUUCACCGUGGGCUCACACUCAGACCUCAGACAUUCAACAAGAGGGAAAAGAAAUCGCCGUUAGUUUUCCCCCACAAGAAAACUCACAUAACCCAUAGUUUUCAUUCUUCAUUCUUUAUAACCCAGAAAAAAAAAAAAAAAAUUCACCCUCUGCAAUCAAGAAAUGACGAAUUGUAUGUGUUCUUGUAGCAAGUCUCUGAUUGUGGACAAACCCAUUCACAAUGUGAGCUCUAUAUCUACCGAGAGGCUGCCAAUCAAUUUGGGGGUUUUACCUUCUGCGACAACCGCCGCCAUCGCCACUUCUAGGGUUUUUCCGGUUAGGGCUUCAAUGGUGGAUUCAUAUGAGAGUUCCUCUAAUUUCGCUAAGCGCAUGGAGCAAGCUUGGUUAAUUUCACAGCAACCAAGACCAGUUGCGUGCACUUCUUGCAGCUCAAAUGGGUAUGUUGAAUGCAAAUGGUGUGCAGGUACAGGCUUCUUCAUUCUUGGUGAUAAUAUGCUCUGUCAAGUCCCCUCCAGAAACACUACUUGUGUCAUUUGUGCUGGGAAGGGUUCAAUGCGCUGCUCUAAUUGUAAAGGAACAGGCUUUCGUGCCAAGUGGUUGGAGGAGCCUCCAAUCUCCAAGUAGCUGCUGAAUUGUAAAAAAAAAAAAAAAAAGGCUGUCAACAAGAUUCAAACAUCAAGGGCAUGAGAAAUAUAUAACUGGAAUUUUAUUCGUGUUGUGAUUUCUUUUACCUUUCCAAUUUGGAAUUCAUGAUUAAAGUGAUUAAAGUUGUAGCCUCAUUUACUUCAUAGCACAGGUUAUACGAGUAUUGUUUAAUUGUCUGUUGAAAAAAAUCAAUUCAUGUCAAGCACAAAACUACCAGCCAGAGAGAUUAUUUGGUUCAGGUGUUACUGAAAUUGCUAGUAUCAGAUCUUACA